UGCGCAUGCCAUGCGUGCAUCUCCAGCUUCGAUAGAAUCAAUUCCAGUGUACAUAAUUUCAUGGACACGCUCUACCAUUUCUCGAAUUUAGCUAAAGUAUUGCAUGCUCAAGUAUCAAAAGCGUCCAUGUCCAGCAUGCUCUACCUUCUAGAGUGCCCUUCUAUGUGAGAUCAUGUUUUCCUCCCUUUUUGUAGUUUAAUCCCAAAUUCACGUCCCAACUGCUCUAUUUGUGGUAUUUGCAACCCUCGAGCCUUGUGCUUUGUUGUUCCCUUCCCAGACCAGUAGACAUGCUUCACGUUUUUCAGAAAAAACAAUGUGCUUACAUGAAAAAAUAUCUUGCAUCCCUCUAUGCCAAUUCCCUAGCGUGCUUUUGCAGAUUUCAAUAAAAUUAUCUGUUACUGAGCAUAAUAUCUCUUGCCCAUCUUUUACUGAAGUGAUUUUGUUCUUUAAAAUAGCGAUGUUAUAUCUGCGCGCUAAAGAUACCCUCCUCCCUUAGGAUUUGAAAAUAUUUGUCGUUCAAGUUGACAAUCCUCCUGCUAUUCCUUUUCUCUUUGCUUCUUAUCUCCUGUCCACCUUCACCCUUAGACUUGGACAUUGCAUCUUAUCUUCAUACCCAACCUCCUUCCCUUUUCAUCUAGAUGCCAGAAAUGUUGACAUUCUAUUUCACCAUUAUCUAAAGCAUAAUUAGCCAAAUGAUCAGCCAACUUGUUGCCCUCCCUAUGAAUAUGAGUAACUGUGUAAUUGCCCCCAUUCAUUAGUUGCAUCAUUUCCUCUACCUUCUCAGAUAUGAUCCAUGGUGGUUUCCAUAUCCCAUCCAUUAUCUUUUUUAAUACCAUUGAGUCAGUUUGAAGCCAUACAUGAGAGUAUUGUUGAAAUCUGCAGAACUAUGGCUGAGGAAACUAAAAAUCCAGGCAGAGAUAUUCCAAUUGGACUAAUUGGUUCUAUGGUGAUCACAACUUUUUUGUACUGUUUACUAGCCAUUACUUUGUGCCUCAUGCAACCAUAUCAGAAUAUUGAUAUUCAUGCUCCAUUUUCUAUGGCAUUUAAAUCUGUGGGAUGGAACUGGGCACAAUAUAUUGUGGCUGCAGGGGCAUUGAAGGGAAUGACAUCAGUUUUGCUAGUUGGUGUUGUUGGUCAAGCUAGAUAUUUAACUCAUAUUUCAAGAACUCACAUGAUGCCUCCAUGGUUUUCUCAAGUAAAUGACAAGACAGGUACACCAGUCAAUGCUACGGCCGUCAUGUCUUGUGCUACUGCAAUCAUUGCCUUAUUUACGAAACUCGAUAUUCUCUCCAAUCUCCUUUCAAUCUCCACCCUCUUCAUUUUCAUGCUUGUGGCGCUUGCUCUCCUGGUUCGACGUUACUAUGUGAGCGGAGAAACUACAAUAGCAAAUCGCAACAAGCUUAUCGCGUUUCUUUUGAUUAGUCUCGGAUCCUCCAUUGCUAGAGCUACUUAUUGGGGACUAAGUAAACAUGGAUGGAUUGGAUACUGCAUUACUUUGCCAAUUUGGUUAUUAGCAACAAUUGGACUUGGGUAUUUUGUACCUCAUGCUCGUAAUCCAAAGCUUUGGGGUGUCCCACUUGUACCAUGGUUGCCAUCAGCCUCUAUAGCUAUUAACAUUUUCCUUUUAGGGUCAAUUGAUAAGAAAUCGUUCAUAAGGUUUGGUGCAUGGACUGGAUUUCUAUUGGUAUAUUACUUAUUUUUUGGACUUCAUGCUUCCUAUGACACCGCAAAAGAAUUUGAAAGGGGCAGAGGGUGGAAGAAUAUUGAAGAGGGAAGCAAUGGUGUAUAUAGCAAAGAUGCUCCUAUUGCUUCUGGUAAAGAAAUGGUCUCUAAAUAGUAAGGUUUCAAGUUAGUUUCUGUGCUCCAAUCUGAUCAAGAAGGUGUUGGCUACUUGGUUUGUAGCAUGAAGAAUUUUAAUGUCUUAGGCACAAAUAUUUGAAGGGAUUAGUCUUCUUUCUUAAUGUUUAUGAUCAUACUUGAUUUGUGUGGAUAACAAAAUGUUUUCACUGUGUAUGACAUGAUA